CUUUUUUGCCGAAUUUCAAAAAACUGAAGCGACAGUUUUGUUCAGAAUUUUUUGCUGAUUCCGAAAAUAUAUAUUUUAUCUUAUUUUAUUGGGGGCCGCAAAGUGGCCUUAUCCGCCUCCCUCCUUUAUGAUACUAGUGACUUAGAGGGUAUCCUUCCACCGUUGUUAGAAAUGGCACCAAAUUUAAAUUGAUUAGAUAUACAUUAUCCACAACUUGUUAUAAUAACAGAUCAAUUUAAUGAUUUCGAACUAUGUACACUAUUAAAUAGUCAAAUUCGUCAUUUAGUUUUGUUGAAUGAACCCUUAUCAGAAGAUCAAGACAUGUGUUUAUGUGUAUUCUUAAAUUUAGAAAGUUUUAGUGUUACUUUAGAAACGAACCGUGAUUGCAAUGAAAUAGUGCCAUUGAUUUUGAAUAGAAUGACGAAGCUACAAGGUCUAUUAAUUGAAUUAAAAAGAGAAGAAGUCUUAGGUGCAUCCACAGUAGAUGUACAACAUCUGUUAGAACAAGAAACACAAGCGUUUUCUUAUGAACUAAUUAAACCGUUUACUAUUGGCCUAUGGAUGGGAAAUAGAAAAUCAAACUAG